GUCAAAAGAAAUGUUAGUUGAAACUUUUUAAAUAACAACUGAAAAGAAGCUGAUCAUCAUGAAUGCAUUGAAUGCCUUUGGAAUGGCCAUUGGUUGGAUGGACAUUGUGGGAGUGCUGUUCUUCGAACUGAUAAUGUUCUUAAUGAUGAGACGUCGUCGUUUGGCCAAGGAAUCAGAAGACGUGGCGCUUGAAGCGGCAAUAGAAAAUAAAAGGAAAACUUUCCCCAACCUCUUUAGCAGGAAACAACUGACUGAGAACGAAAAUGGUUGGAUGUUUUGGGGCUACCUGUUGAUGCUGAAUGUCUGGGUGGCAGUUACACUGCUCAUGAUAGCUGGCAUCUCAAUGCACAAACCGGAGCUUAUGACGUUUUGGUUGAUUUGGAGUGCUUGUGGUUUGGUCUUCGAUGCCCUUUUUAUUUUGUGGUGGGUCUACGAACUAUUUGUGGGGGACGCCAUCGAGGCACUGACCAAUAUUUUGAUCUCCCUGCUGACCAUGGCCAUUGAGUUCGGCUUCAUCUAUGUUAUUUAUAUCAUCUACAUGAACUUGUCAGAACCCACAAAAGAUGCUGACCUUAAAUUUAAGGACAAGUCUGGAUUUUCCCUUAUGAUGAUCUCAGAUUUAAAUCUAUACAUUUAA